UUACAUAUAACGCAUCGAAAGUUAGCCUUCAAACGUCAUAUCCGGAUAACACACAUUAGUUUAACAACUUUUCAGAUUAAUACUUUUUGUUUGCGUUAGUGUUAUAAACAAAGUUUAAAGGCAUAAAAAAUUAGAAAUUAUUAAAGAAAAUCAGCUUGCUAUUGUAAAUAUAAUUUAAUGGCAGCAAGUUAAUAUAUAAUGAAAUGUAACUUCUUCGAUAAACUUAGAUUUUUCAACAGUAGGAAUUACAGAAAUCACAAAUUACAUCAAAAUAACAAGCAAUAAUAUAAUAUUUUAAAUUAUAUUAAAAAAGAUUCUCAUGUUCACUACUAAGGAGCAACUAAUAAAACGUACUGGAAAAAAUCCUAUUGGUCGUUACGAUUUUUUAAAACUUUUAGCAACAGAAUAUAAAACUACUAAAUCUAAAGAAGCAAAAGAACAAGUUCUAGCAAAUCUUGCUAAUUUUGCUUACGAUCCUAUUAAUUAUGGAUAUAUAAGACAGUUACAAAUAAUUGAUUUAUUUCUUCACGCAUUAUCUGAAGAUAAUGUAAAGUUGGUACGUUGGGCAGCAGGAGGCAUUUGUAAUUUAUGCGUUGAUCCAAUAAAUAAAUUAUACAUUUUACGCAAUCAAGGCAUUAAACUUCUAACGUCGAUACUUGUUUCACAAAAUGAAGACACUGUACUAUCUGCAAUUACUAGUUUAAUAUAUUUAAUUACUCCUGAAUCAAAAGAUGAAAUAACAUCUGAGACAAUCGAAAGAAUAUCUGAGUUAUCAAAUCAUGAAAGUAAUCGAGCUUCAGAUUUAACAAAGACUGCAAGUGAAAUAUCAGUUUUCAAAACAAUUACAAAGGAUGAUAUAUUAAAUUUUGCUGAAUUAACUGGUGAUUAUAAUUCAGUACAUGUCAAUGCCCCAAAUAAUCUUGUUCAUGGUGCACUUCUUAAUGGCUUAGUGUCAGGAGUACUUGGAACAAAAUUACCAGGUCCAGGAACCCUAGUGAUUGAACAAAAUCUUAAAUAUCCAGCACCGUGUUAUGCAGGAGAUAUAGUAGAAAUAAAAGUAGAAAUCGUUUCUCCAAGAAAAAUUAUGGAAUUGUUAUUAAUUCUCUGCCUUUCGUCUGCACUUGCAAAUGACCAGAUUAAAUCAACAAAUUUAAACAAUACUCUUCAUGUUUCAACUACUCCAACACCGCAUGGUUGUGUUUGUGGAAUUUUUUUAACUAAACAGUUUAAGAAAGGUAGUAAAGAACCACCUAUAGGAGAUCCUGCUGUUAUGCAUGAACAUCCUGGAAUAUUUUCAUGUACUCAAAGUGGAAACAGACAUUGUGUUAAUAAAUGUUUGGAGACUAUUGUUAAAUUCCUUCCAAGUAGUUCAACAAUAUUAUGUGGUUCAAUAGAGCAUAGCUGUUACAAAGAAAAAGCUUAUUUAUUUAUUCAAAAUUGCCAAAGUGGAUGGAUUAAUACAAAUCUUUCUACUGGAAAAGAAUAUUGUUGCAAGGAUGGUGCGCCAUAUAAAUGUCCAUUAUAUUAAAAUUAAUGUUACCUCAUUUUAGGGUUGUUUUAUCUGUUACAAUUUGACGAGUUUUAUACUUUUUUAAUUUAAUAAAAAUAUUUGUAUUCCCAUUAAAAUUUCUUCUUAAACAUCCCGCCGUUCGUCUAAAUAUAGCACUAAGAA